GAAUUCACCGCGCGCCUGGCGGCGUUUCACGAAACCGGUUCCUCGCCCAACGGCAAGUUCGGGUUUCACAUUACCACGUGCGUGGGCAACUUGCCGCAGUAUUGUGGGUGGGAAGACAGCUGGGAGGUGUUCUUCUCCAAGAGCCUGAAACAGGCUCUCGAGCAUGAGAUCGCUGCCCAGGGGCCGGAUCCUGAGAUUGACAGGCUUGCGCCUAUCAUAUUUGAGACGGUCAUUCCCCGGUUACUGCGGCCACUGGAAACGGAGGGCCGGUCGGUGAAGCCGUCGCUGGUUCAUGGGGAUUUGUGGUAUGCUAAUACGGCUACUGACGCUGAUACUGAUGCGCCUCUUGUUUUUGAUGCUUGCUGUUUUUAUGCGCAUAAUGAGUACGAGCUGGGUCAGUGGCGACCAGUCUGUAACAGGCUUGGGCCUGAAUACGUCAAGACGUACCACUCUUACAUGCGGAUCUCGCCUCCUGAGGAGGACUACGAAGGGAGGCUAGACCUUUACAAACUACGCUUCAACACACAUGUCUCGGCCUUGUUUCCCCAUGAUCGGAAUUACAGGACUCAGUACGACAGCCAUUAA